AAUUGGCCCAGCGUCGUUAUUGUUUGGCCGGGGUAGGCUGUCAUUGUAAAUAAGAAUUUGUUCUUAAUUAACUGACUUGCCUAGUUAAAUAAAAAUGUAACGUUUUACUCUCCUCUCUUUCCUUCAUCUGCACUGCAAAAUUAGAAGACAGUUUAGGCGGGAAUAAUAUAGAGAUUGAAAAGCCUACCAAAAGCAUUUGCUUCCACCUGUCAAGCUCUCCAUCAUGUCAGAUCGGUGAGGAUGAAGUAAAUUAUACCAGUAGAAGAAACCAUGAUAAACUAUUGAGAUGCAGCCAGCCCCAAGCCUCGUCCAAAAGCGCGUCCAAAACAAGACGAGUACGAGCCCGCCCACAGUCACGUGUAAAACGUGCGUCUCGUCUAGCGUCUCUAAACAGCAACGUCGGAGUCUAGGGGAGACUAUUCUUGAGAGAUGAAGAAUCAGACAAAGAGGGAUAAAGAAACAGUUAGAACUAGAAAAACGCUUGCAACAGACGAAAUAAGGAACUGAAUGUGUAAAACCAGCAACAUUUUCAUUUAUCUCUCCCCUAGUUCUCUCAGGCACACUGACAUUAAUAAUAUUAAACAAUCACCUUGUGCCUCAAACCUGCUUUAUAACAACUAAGGAUAGUUUUAUUUUUAGCUUAAACCAAACCAGCAAUAGAAAAAGGAUCCUAACGUUUCCUCAGAUUAGCCAAAAGCAGAUUCCAAAAACACAUCAACACUACAGCCUACAUUCCAGUGAGAAAAAAGUCAUUGGCAGUCCUGUUUACCCAUCAUGGCCUCCAUCACCCAAUCAUCUGACCCCGAGAUCCCAGACAACCACAAAGAGAGCUGGCUGGCACUACUUGCCGCAGCGGAGGGAUAUUGUCAGAAGUCAGGCUGCGACCUGGCUAUUCUUACAGCCUGUAAGAAGUUCUGGCCAUCUGUAGUGGAGGGAGAUGAGAGGAAGAGGGAAAGUGGCAGAGGCUUGCCUGCCGGAGGCCGGAAGUGGGAUUUCUCCUAUCACGUGUGGGGUCAGGGGGCUUUAGCUGAGUCUUCGCGGCGCUACAUGGACGACAUUGCGGUGCUGCACUCCACAUCUAUGCUAACGGCGCAUAGAUAUACACGUCUAAGUGGAGGAGCUAAACUGGUAGUGGACAUGCCCACUGACAGGGCGGGCCUAACAGGUGAGGGUGGGGUGGGAACCAUCAGUCCCAAUACCACACUCUAUUCGCAAAGCUACCCAUCAAUCUACCACUCAGGGGCUGUCAUUGGCCAAGCUGCUGGGCAGCAUGGGAAUGGAGAGAGGGAGCGAGAAAUGGCUGUGAUGAUAGAGGAGGCUGGACGAGGGAGAGACAUUCCUGGAAUUGGGGACUUGGAGGAAGAGUGUGAGGAAGAGGAGGAUAUGGACGAAAGGAGCCCUAAUCUGAAUGAGACUGCAGGAGUGUUUUCCAUGGAUGAGGACUCGCUGUCUCGUGACUGUGAACCAUUCUUUGAGUCCGAUGGAGAGGAGGAGAGCACUGAUGGCUCGUUAAGUGAGGACUGUCCUCCUCCCCCGCGCAGCAUGGCCAUGGGGCAGUCGUUCUCAUCCCGACACCCCAACCCCAUGAACAUGGCCCGCUCCCUCCCCGUGUCUGUUCCUGUGUGGGGAUUCAAGGGCAACAGACCCCACCAGGGAGAAGGCCACAGUGGGGAACGGGCUGGUGUAGCUGACCUGGAUCAUAUUGCUGCCAGCAUGAAGGCCCUGUUGGCCCCUGGAGCCAACGACGGAACAGAAAUGUUUGGAGGACUACCUCGCCCUCGCCUCAACACGGGAGACUUCUCCCUCAAACACUGAGAGAGCCAAAGAAAGUGAGGGGAUGAAGGAGUGAGAGAGUGUGUGUGGAUGAAAGAGAGCCAAUUGAUUGGCUGGCAGGCAGAAAAGUACCCCUGUGUAUUAGCUAAUCACUAACCCGAAAUUUGGUAGUAACAACAGUGAACCCAGAGAGGAUUAAUUGACAUAACAUAUGCUCGUAUACACACUGAGAUCAUUUUCAACACAUUACAUUACACCCGUAUACACUUAAACACUACAAGACAACUCACUACACACAACUUAACUUCAAAUGUGCUCAUAGUGACCCACUGUACGGACCAACAUGGACACUAACAUAUUGAAAUGUUUCUAACUGACACAGGUGUUGACUGUUGUGGGACUUUGCCAAGUAGAUUUGUGGAGGAUGGGUCACCCUUCUAGAAAUGGUUUGCUCUAGGUGGCUUUUUAACAUGAAGCCUGUAGCUUUUCAAAUUGUGAGUGAAGGGCACCAUGUCUCCAUGAAACAUGCCUUUUGUACUUCUACCUUGCCAAUGAAUGACUGACUGGUAGAAUGAUAGUAAGUGUACAAUCUCUGAUAUUGACACUAUUAUAAUAAUAAUGUCCUCCAAAUGUGUUGACUGUGAGAGCGAGAGAAAGCGGAGGAGGCGAACAGAGAUGUAUCUAUCAUCUCCCAACUUUUCAAAAGCAGAUAAAUGUUUUAAUUUGAGUAGCUGUAUGAUUUAAAUUAAGGAGCAACAUCCGUGAAUCAGGCUGUUUGUUCUGACACUGAAUAUUAUUUGGAUGCAGUAUAAUGGCUGUCCUAGAGAGGGCAGUAUCAGAUUAAGAACUAUCCUGAACAGAAAUAAACACAUGUCAAGUGUUGGUCCCAUGUUUCAUGAGCUGAAAUAAAAGGUCCCAAAAUGUU